AGGGCGGAGGAACGACGCUGGAAACUUUUUUUCUGUCCGUCCCUGAGUGAGAUGUGACCAGAUUUUUUUUUGCACGAUUGCCCGUGCUGUGGCUUGUAUUUUGUUGUUGUUGUGGUCGCUGUUUUAGUUAAUGAUGUUGCUCGUCAAGGGCUUGCAGCGCCGUUCAACCUUCUAUUUGUGAAAAAAAAACUUUUUCUCUGCAAAAAAAAGUUCUCCAAACGGCUGUUUGUUUUUUUUUGUUUGUUUGUGCUCUGGACUUUCUGCCCCUGGGUGGAGAGGGAGCUGAAGAAAAUGCAAGGGAGAGUGAACCGACUUUUUAAGAAGGAUCUUACGGUCGACCCUCUGCAGAAGAGUAAAGGUGCACCAUACGAGACUGACCCAGAUGUUAGUGAGAUGCCACCCGGUGAAGCUGCUGCUAAACACCUGGAUGCGAAACCAAAGGACAUUGAACCUAUAGACUACGAGAAUGUCUUAUUACAGAAGAAAGCACAAAUUAUCAGUGAUCCUUUGCGGGACAUGCUGCUUUUCCCUAAUGAAGAUUUUCAGAUUGUGAUACUGAAACGUCAUGGGAGAACACUCUUCCCUACAGUGCCUGAAAAUGCAAGGAAAGAAGCCCACAGUUUGCUGGUCACAGAAUGCAUCAAGACCUACAACUCUGAUUGGCAUCUCGUUCAAUACAAGUAUGAAGACUACUCAGGAGAUUUCAGGCAGCUGCCACACAAAGCACCAAGACCAGAAAAACUUCCAGUUCACGUUUUUGAAGUUGAUGAAGAUGUUGAUAAAGAUGAGGAUACAGCUUCUCUUGGCUCACAGAAAGGAGGGAUCACUAAACAAGGAUGGUUGCACAAGGGCAACAUGAACAGUGCGAUCAGUGUAACCAUGAGGUCAUUCAAGAGGCGUUUCUUCCACCUGACUCAACUUGGAGAUGGAUCGUACAUUCUUAAUUUUUACAAAGAUGAGAAAAUCUCGAAGGAACCGAAGGGCUCAAUCUUUCUUGACUCUUGCAUGGGAGUGGUCCAGAACAAUAGAAUCCGACGGUAUGCCUUUGAACUGAAGAUGCAGGACAAGAGCAGUUACCUGUUGGCAGCCGACAGUGACCAAGAAAUGGACGAGUGGAUUGGAACCCUGAAUAAAAUCCUCCAGAGUACCUUUGAAGCUGCCAUGCAAGAGAAGAGAAACGGCGAGUCACUGGAGAUUUCAGAUGAUGAAAUAUCUGGUCAGGGGAGAUCAGACCAUGUAACCAGCUUGGAAAGUCUCCAUUGUGAAAUGACAAAGAGCACAAGAGACAUAGAAACAAAGAAGAAUGAAGGGAGAUUAAAGCUUUUUGUUUUGGAUGCAGAUACGCAGAAACUUGACUUCUCGAAUAUUGAACCAGAUGUGAGGCCAUUUGAGGAGAAAUUUGGAAAACGGUUUCUGGUGAAAUGCAAUGAUUUGUCCUUCAAUCUGCAAAGCUGUGUAGCUGAAAAUGAAGAGGGGCCCACGACUAAUGUGGAGCCUUUCUUUGUCACCCUGGCACUAUUUGAUAUUAAAAAUAGUCGAAAGAUCUCUGCUGACUUCCACGUAGAUCUAAAUCAUGCAUCAGUCCGACACAUGUUUUCAAACUCAGCAUCCAUUAUGAAUGGCGGUGAUACUUUAACCACUUCACAGAAGUACAUCAAUGGCAUUCCUGAGAGUCUGUUACAAUAUCCUAAACAGGGAAUUUUUUCUGUCACGUGCCCUCAUCAAGACAUAUUUCUCGUUGCCCGAGUGGAGAAGGUUCUGCAGGGAGGUAUCACUCAGUGUGCAGAACCCUACAUGAAGAGCUCAGAUUCAGCCAAGGUUGCACAGAAGGUAUUGAAGAAUGCCAAGCAAGCCUGUGCAAGACUUGGACAAUACAAAAUGCCUUUUGCCUGGGCUGCAAGGCCUGUCUUCAAAGAUAAUCAAGGAACCCUCGACAAAACUGCUCGAUUCUCAGCCCUUUACAGACAAGAUAGCAAUAAGCUCUCCAAUGAAGACUUGUUAAAAUUGUUGUUGGAUUUUAGGAAACCAGAAAAGAUGUCUAAACUUCCUGUUAUUUUGGGGAACUUAGAUAUCAACAUCGACAAUGUGGCUUCAGAUUUUCUGACUUGUGUUAACACCUCGUACAUCCCAGUGAAACGUUUUGAAAACGGUUCGAAGGUCACAGUUACUCAUGAAGUGGAGGAAUUUGUUCCAUGUAUAGCAAAGCUAUCCCAGCCUUUCACAACCUAUAACAAUCAUUUCUAUAUUUAUCCAAAGCAUCUAAAGUAUGACAGUCAAAAAUCAUUUGCAAAAGCAAGAAAUAUUGCAGUCCGCAUCGAGUUUAGGGACUCUGAUGAGGAAGACUCUCAGCCUCUGAAGUGUAUCUACGGGAGACCCGGGGGUCCUGUGUUUAUGAAAUAUGCUUUCACAGUGGUAUUACAUCACCAUCAAAAUCCAGAGUUCUAUGAUGAGAUUAAAGUGGAGCUGCCGACCCAGCUACACGAGAAGCACCACUUGUUGUUCACGUUCUACCACGUCAGUUGUGACAACUCGAGCAAAGGCACCACCAAGAAACGGGAAACCAUUGAAUCACAAGUUGGCUAUGCCUGGCUACCAUUGCUGAAAGAUGGUCGAGUUGUGACCAACGAAAAUCAGAUACCUGUUUCAGUGAAUCUUCCUUUGGGUUAUCUCAGUUACCAGGAACUGGGAAUGGGGAAGCAUUCAGGCCCUGAAAUCAAGUGGGUCGAUGGAGCCAAGCAUAUUUUCAAAGUCUCAACGCAUCUUGUGUCUACAGUCUACACUCAGGACCAACACUUGAACAAUUUUUUUCAAUAUUGUCAAAAAUGUGACUCUGGAGCUCAGGCCUCAGGGACGGAACUUGUCAAAUUCCUCAAGAGCUUACAUGCAAUGGAAGGCCAUGUGAUGAUCAACUUCCUGCCCACAAUUCUGAACCAGUUGUUUCGUGUGCUUGCAAGGGCCACACAAGAGGAUGUCGCAGUUAAUGUUACAAGAGUUCUUGUACACAUUGUCUCUCAGUGUCAUGAAGGACUGGAGCACUACCUGCGAUCCUACAUCAAGUUUGUCUUCAAAACAGAACCCUGCAAUUCCUCCAAAUGCAAGACAGUACAUGAGGAGUUAACUAAAUCCAUGACUGUUCUGCUCAAAACAACAGCCGACUUUCUGACCUGUAACAAGCUUCUCAAGUAUUCUUGGUUUUUCCUGGAGGCACUGAUCAAAUCAAUGGCCCAACAUCUUACAGAGACCAGCAAACUGAAGUUAUUCCGAAAUCAGCGAUUCCCUGCCUCUUACCAACACACUGUGGAAACCCUUGUCAACUUGUUAAUGCCACACAUCACUCAGAAAUACAAAGAUAAGCCAGAGGAAGCGCGGAAUGCGAAUCACAGCCUUGCUGUCUUCAUUAAGAGAUGCUUUUCGUUGAUGGACAGAGGAUUUGUCUUCAAACAAAUCAACAAUUACAUGAAGUGGUUCAGUCCAGGAAAUCCAAAGACUCUGUUUGAGCUGAAGUUUGAAUUUCUGCGAGUUAUCUGCAACCACGAACAUUAUAUACCAUUAAACCUGCCUAUGCCAUUUGGAAAAGGCAGGGUUCCCAGAUAUCAAGACUUGCAGCUUGAUUUUACACUGACGGAUGACUUCUGCAAGAACCAUUUCUUGGUGGGGCUGUUACUAAGGGAGGUUGGCAGUGCAUUGCAGGAGUACAGAGAUGUACGUCAGAUUGCAAUCGGCGUAUUGAAGAGCUUGAUGAUUAAACACACCUUCGAUGAUCGCUACUUAGCUAAGAGUCAGCAGGCCAGAAUUGCCACUUUGUACUUGCCUCUUUUUGGCCUUCUGCUUGAAAAUGUACAGCGAAUCAAUGUGAAGGACUGCUCUCCGUUUCCCAUCAACCAGCCCAGCAACAGUGGAAAAGAGGAGUCUUCAUUCAAUUUACAAGCAGGAGGCACCAUGCUGACCCCACAGAGACCAGGAAACAUGCUGGAUAACAGUGUCCACAAGGAUGUGUUUGGUGUUAUAUCGGGCACAGCUUCUCCUCAUGGAUCGUCCACCCCAACUAUCAGUGCAGUGAAACACGCAGACUCCAGAGGCUCUUUGAUCAGCACUGACUCAGCCACUAGUCUACCAGAACGCAACGCUGAAAAGACUAACUCCCUCGAUAAGAAUCAAGGCUGUGUUGGGGGCUCUCUGAUACGAUGCGACAAACUGGAACAGACAGAGAUACGUAGUCUCCUCAUGUGUUUCCUGCACGUGCUAAAAAGCAUGUCUGAUGAUGCUUUGAUUACUUAUUGGAACAAGGCUUCUACUCCUGAACUGAUGGACUUCUUUACAAUCCUUGAAGUGUGUCUUCAUCAGUUCAGAUAUAUGGGGAAGCGAUACAUAGCAAGGAACCAAGAGGGGUUAGGAUCCAUCAGUAAUGCACAUGAAAAGAAAGCUCAAACGUUGCCUGUUUCUCGCAGUAGAACAGGAAUGAUGCAUGCCAGAUUGCAGCAACUCAGCAGCUUGGAUAAUUCUUGCACUUUUAACCACAGCUACGGCCAUACCGAUGCCGAUGUCUUGCAUCAGUCACUCGUCGAGGCCAACAUUGCAACUGAAGUGUGUCUCACUGUUCUGGAUAUGAUGAGUUUAUUCACCCAUGUUUUUAAGGGUCAGCUGCUUUCUGAUAAUGGACACAACCCCCUGAUGAAGAAAGUUUUCAAUGUUCUCCUCUGCUUUGUCCAAAUCAAUCAGUCAGAAAUGGCCUUGAAGUAUGUCUUUGCAGCUCUGAGGAAUCUUGUCUACAAGUUUCCAUCCACGUUCUUCGAAGGCAGAGCCGACAUGUGUGCCACAAUGUGCUACGAGAUUUUGAAGUGCUGUAACUCUAAGUUGAGCACCAUCCGGGGGGAUGCAUCCACUCUCCUUUAUUUCUUAAUGAGGAACAAUUUUGAGUGGACAGGGAGGAAAUCCUUUGUGAGGACACAUCUACAGGUGAUCAUCGCAGUGAGUCAGUUAAUAGCGGAUGUGGUUGGAAUCGGAGGGACCAGAUUUCAGCAGUCGUUGGCUAUUAUUAACAAUUGUGCCAACUGUGACCGAGCCGUAAAGGCGACUGCAUUUCCGUCUGAAGUGAAAGAUUUGAUGAAGCGUAUUCGCACGGUGCUCAUGGCUACAGCUCAAAUGAAAGAGCAUGAGAAUGAUCCGGAAAUGCUCGUGGAUCUUCAAUAUAGUUUGGCAAAGUCCUACGCCAGCACCCCAGAGCUGAGGAAAACCUGGUUGGACAGCAUGGCAAAGAUCCACAUGAAGAAUGGUGAUUUAUCUGAGGCAGCAAUGUGCUAUGUUCAUGUGGCAGCACUUGUGGCUGAAUAUCUCAGGAGGAAAGGUAUAUUUAAACAAGGCUGCACAGCCUUUAAGGUGAUCACACCCAACAUAGAUGAGGAGGCUGCAAUGAUGGAAGAUGUAGGCAUGCAAGAUGUUCACUACAAUGAGGAUGUACUGAUGGAAUUAUUGGAACAAUGUGCUGAUGGACUCUGGAAGGCAGAACGCUAUGAGUUGAUUUCGAACGUGUACAAACUAAUAAUUCCAGUUUAUGAGAAAAGACGUGAAUUUGAGAAACUUGCUCAUCUGUAUGAAACUUUGCAUCAAGCUUACAAGAAAAUUGCUGAAGUUACUCACACAGGAAAAAGACUACUAGGCACCUACUUUCGGGUAGCCUUUUUUGGGCAGGGGUUCUUUGAGGAUGAGGACGGCAAGGAGUACAUUUACAAAGAGCCAAAACUGACCCAGCUAUCUGAGAUAUCGCAGCGACUUCUGAAACUUUACUCAGACAAAUUUGGAUCCGAGAAUGUGCGGAUGAUCUACGAUGACGGGAAGGUCAAUCCAAAAGACUUGGAUUCGAAAUAUGCCUACAUCCAAGUGACCUACGUGACUCCAUAUCUUGAGGAGAAGGAAUUGCUGGACAGAAAAACAGAUUUUGAGAAAAGUCACAAUAUUCAGCGGUUUGUGUUUGAGAUGCCAUUCACCAUUUCUGGAAAGAAACAGGGAGGAGUUGAGCAACAGUGCAAGAGGAGAACAAUUUUAACAACUACUCACUGCUUUCCCUACGUGAAAAAGCGCAUCCCUGUCAUGUACCAGCAGCAUGUGGAUAUGAAUCCCAUUGAGGUGGCAAUUGAUGAAAUGGGUAAUAAAGUGACCGAGCUACAAAUAUUAUGCUCCUCCUCAGAUGUGGAUAUGAUUAAGUUGCAACUGAAACUCCAAGGCAGUGUCAUCGUGCAGGUCAAUGCUGGGCCAUUAGCGUAUGCCCGGGCAUUCCUAGAAGAAGCCAAUGUGAAAAAGUAUCCAGACAACAAAGUGAAACAACUGAAGGAAGUGUUCAGGCAAUUUGUUGAGGCUUGUGGGCAAGCCUUGAUUGUAAAUGAGCGUUUGAUCAAAGAAGAUCAGGUUGAAUAUCAAGAGGAAAUGAAGGCAAACUAUAGAGAAAUGGUUCGGGAGCUCUCUGACAUCAUGCAUGAACAGAUUUUGCCAGAGGAUGACGGAAUGAAGAUCAAUCUUCUUCCUAACUCCUAUCACAUCUUCAACGCAAUCAGCGGAACGCCAACUGGGACAACUGUUCAGGGCAUUUCCAAUUCCUCUUCCAUGGUGUAAAAGUUCACAAGUGGAACGUUAUCAUCAGCAUACCAAGUCAUUCCUGCAUGUAUUCACUCAGGACACUUUGGAGCCUCACAGGAUGUGGGAACAGAUCAGACUAAGUUGUGACAGUCUUGAUAAUGACGUCAGCUAUGUCGUGGAGCCAAAGGAAAUAAUGUUUGCACAUUUUAAGCUCUGCUUCAGGGAAUGCCUUUGACUUUUACAAGGUUCCCUGAGAAGCUUUGCUAGUCUGCAUUUUAUUGUACAGUUUUUAGAACUCAGUGGUGGAAAUGGGUCCAUUGCUUUGCUAUAAGAAUCUAUCUUAAAAGUAUCAACUUCGUAUGUUUAAUAUAUUUCAAAAAUGGGAAAAUAAUGUUAGCAUCAAUAUUUUUGCUGUUGGUUUACAUUUAUCUAAUGCCUGUAGAUAAUUAUUAAAGAUGACAAAUUAAUGGAUUGCAUAAGGAAGGUAUAUUUCAGAUAGGAUAUAUGUCAAGUGCAACAAAGCAGCAAAGUUUGAAAUUAUAGUUUCCAUUUAAUAAAGAAAAGAACGGUUGAGUAUUAUAGAUUCUAUGCUGGUUUACAUGGGUUUAUACAAAGGAAUAUGGAACUGUGCUGUUGCGAUACCUUUGUCUUGUAUUUCAUGUGAAAACACUAUGCAUGUAGCUUUGUCAACUUCCACUGAUGAACCUAGCCCUGGUAGUGACCCUGGUAUUCUGUCACAGUGCAUUAAUGAGCCUGAAUGUAAAAUGCAUUUGUAAUUAUUCAACUGUACAGUAAUUAUCUGUGCUCGGGCAGUCUGAUCACCAAGUGCGUGUAGCUUGCUGUACACAUUUGGAUUUGUAGUACAGUAUUUUCAUGAUGUGCAAUGUUGAGUAAUGUAAAAAUUUCACCAGAGACCAGCUUUAUAGCCUUGCCUUCAAUAAAAAAGUAAAGCAUUGGUAAGGGGACGCAGGAUUACGGUACAUUACCUUCUCCUGCAUCAUAUACAGUAUAUUUCACAAAUGUGCUUUGUUUGUAUUCUUGUACGUAAUCGAGUGCAAUAUUGGUCAUAACAUAAUACCCCAGAUGUAUACAGUCCUUAUGUUCUGAUUUAUAGAAUGUUGCAUAGCAAUUGUCUCUCUUUUUUUGCCAAAGUUGACAGGAUAUUAUCAGCAAUCAUUUAUACUUUUUUUGGGGGGAAUCAUAACUUAAAUAGUUUUCCCAUCAGAUUUGCCUUGAAAAGCUUAAUUAAAUUUUAUAUUUUGGGGGAAAGGCGUGGUUUUUAAUAUUAUUUAAACUGGAACUGUUGUCCUGCUGUAUGUAAAUUGAAAUUUUGUUCUCUUGUACAGCUGUAAUAAGUUCAGCUUGUUUGUUUCUCUGCAGUUUCAAUUUGUAUAUGUGUAACCUCAGGCCUACCUGAUAAAAGCAGAUUUCAAAGUUUUUCUAA